AUGGACGACCUUGAUGGUCUUUUGGACUGGAUUGACCAGGUGGGAUCCCAUCACCGCAAGCUCCAGCAACUGCAUUUGGCCAAAACGCGGGCGUUAGAUCAGGACCGCGAUAUACUGAACUUCAAGACCAAGCUACGAAAGCAGAUUGUUGAUGAUGAGUUUACAAAGCUUGGACAAGUUUUAGCAAACGGCUUGUCGGACGGUCUGUUUGACGAGGAUGGGUCCGAAUUGUUUGAGAGUCCGAAAGAACCCGUUGAAGAAGAACUUGAUGUCGAUGACGCAGAGCUGGAUCUCGAGUCGACAAUUCAUGAUGUUCACGACAGUCAUUCACUUUCAGAAGAAGCCGAUCUACCAGCCGACCAGAAAGAGCAAGAAGAUCUGGAAGUUGAAAUCGUCGAAGUAAUAUCUGGGAACGACACCGAAAAUGAUGAUGAUCAUAGUGCAGAGGAGAAUGGGGAAGAAGAUCUAACUGUUGAAGCCGACUUAGAUGAUUUCUAUGACGUUGAAAAUGAGUUUGACGAUGUCGAUGAUCUCGACCAGUUCGAAAUGCAUGACAGUGCUGCAGAUUACGACACUGCUCAAGAUCUUGAGGCGCAAUUGGUGAAUGCCUUAAUGGGACAGAUCGCCAAUGAUCAAACUACUAAUGAUGUUGAAACCAUGACUGAUAACGACGCCAUACACAACGGUGAAUUUCUUAACAAUAUCGAUUUCGAGGAGGAUGAAGAUCUUGAAGAGGAAGAAGGUUUUGAGCAGGAUGAAUCCAUAGAUCACGGUUUAAUUGAGGAUGAUGUUGUUGAGGAUGAUGUUGUUGAGGAUGAUGUUGUUGAGGAUGAUGUUGUUGAGGAUGAUGAAUUUGCUGAGCAUGAUGAAUUUGCUGAGCAUGACGAAUUUGCUAACGAUGACGAAGGAAUUCAUGAUGCAGUUACGAGUGUUGAGGAUGACGAGAAUUCGGAGGACUUGUCCGAGCAAUCUCUGCCCGUGCAUCCGACGUCUGCUGAACAACUUGAGUCGACUGCUACCGAGAAAGAAGGCUCACCAUCAUUUGCGGACGAGCCUCUUAUCGUUGAGCUGGAAUCAUAUGAUGCGGAGGAGAAUAAUUCAGUAGCAGCUGCGUCGUUGGCGUGGCUAGCAAACGCCGCAAUUGAUGCGUCGCAAAAUAACAAGGCCCCGUUACGCAACUCUGACUACGCCGCUGAUGUUGAACUUACAGCCACAGACAAUGGCGGCACAGACGGUGCCUUUGACGGACUCGAAGAGCCUCCAGUUGCAUUAGCUGAAGGUGUGGAGGUACCCGUCCUUCUUACUAAUGGGAAUGGUCAAGGCCUGCCAAUUACCCUCAAGUCACAACCGGUUAUCGAAGACAACCAAACCGAGGGUUCGUUAGCUGAUGAAGAACGCGAGGGACUCAGUGAGUGGCUCAAGAAGGAACUGAAGCUGGUUGAGGCCGACGGCCUAAAUGUCGUACUCAGCGAAACUGAACUAGAAGCUUCUCAUGAGCCGCAACCUGUGAAUGAACCUAAAUCUACUCGACUGAGUUUCUCUUACUUACCGCCUACCCCUCCUUCAAUUUUUGUGCAUCCUAUCACCAACCCUGAAGUUGAUCAUCCCAAACCAAUAUUUCGUACUGUGAAAGAGGAACCUAUUGAAACUCUUCGGAAACUUCGACAUGCUCAAGCGUCCUCUAACAUCACACUCAAGGUUUUGCGACAGCUUGAAGAGGAGCUUGGUGUUGACUCCACAGAUCUGGCAGCGAUGAAGUCUGCAACCGAACGUGCUUGUAACGACUUAGAAAGUAUGGGGCUGGAAGAUAUAACGUGUGACAUUUUGGGUCGCUUAGAACAAGAGUUUGGAGAAAUACGUAAACCAAUUUUGGAGCCCAUUCCAGAUAAAGAUGAAGAUGAGGACGAAUAUUCAGAUGAAGACAUGAACAAUGAUGAAGACAUUGAUGAAGCUGAGAGUAUAAAAGCAGUUGAACCAGAAGAAGCCGAUGAUAUCAACACCAUCGAUCAGGUACCUGCUAUUCUUGAGCCUAUUGAAAGAGAUGAUGAAGUUUUAAUUGAGUACGCACACGACACAACCGUGCAACUGAAAACCACGGUGUCGCCACUGAUUAUAGAAGAAGCUGAAGAUUUGACAUUCACAGAAAGAUCUGACUUGAUUGAGGAUAUAACUGAAGCUACAAGUGGAGUCCAAUCACCCCUCAUUCCUCUGGAUAUACUUGAAGUGGACGAAGCUGCUGAGGUUUUAGUGAUAUUGGAUGAGAAUCAGGAAUUGGCUUCUCAGUUUGAUGCAAUUGCGCCCACACUGGUUGUUGAACUUGAUGAGGAGGAGUUUGCAAAUGAUAAUAUCAACAUUGAUCAUAGUGUGGAAGUUAGCGAGAUCAAGUCGGAGCCGUCUCGUAAGCGAGCAUGGACCAAAAUUUACAGCUCGAUUGUUGAUGUUCCUCGAAAACUUUUCAAAAAGGCUUUUGACGAGGCUCGAUUUAGUGGAAACCUGAUCGAUGCUACAGUUGACGAUAUAUCCGAAGCAGUCGUUGAUGCGGCUGGGGACAUGAUUCAAAAUGUAGGAGAUUCGUUGCAGGCUGCUGGGAAGAUCGUUGAGGAAGUCGAACAAGUGGAAGUCGACGAUGUUGCUACGACUACCGGUGAAAUUUUACAGUCUAUCGAGGAAGUCGUACAAGAGGCCAAUAAAAUUGAAGUGAACGACCCAGCAAAAGCAGUCAGCGAAUUUAUUCAAACUGUUGAGAGUGCAAUUGGUGCAGUCCAAGAAGUUGAGGUUGACGAGGUAAUUGGAUCAAGAGAUGCCGUGAAUGUCGCUGAGGAUGUUGUUGAUGAAGUUAAUCAUGUCAAAGCUGUAGCGACAGGUAUCCCCUCAAAGUUUUCACCAAGUGUUGACAGCAUUGCGAAUAACCCAAUAGCUGAUGAUGAAGGCAAAGAUGUAUUCAUUGCUGAUUUGCCCGAAGUAUUCUAUCUUGAAGACUCCGAGUCUGAUUUGGAUGUGCUUAAUUCGAGCGAACCCAAGCUUAAAGCUAACGAUAUCAAAGUACCGAUAUUGGACAACAUCGAAGGUCUGGAUGAAUCUACGAGUGACGCUGAAUUCACCAUACUUCAAUUACCGGAGGCAAACAACAAUGCAAAUCUUGAACAUCUCAAACAAACAGAAGAUGCGAAUGAUCAAGAGUCGUGUCAAAGUCAAGACUCUUACCGUUCCAAGCUUGGGGGAGAUGGCGAAGACAACGAAGACGUUUCUCUCACCACAUCCGCGGCGACAUUAUUAAGGGAAGCGAUAGAUGAAGCUAACACCAAGCCUUUGCAGUCUAGUGAAGACGAUGUUAACGAAGCCGAUUAUUCUUUUUCUGAGCGUGGCCACAUUUCUGAAAGCGUAAUUGAUAAUGAUGCUUUCGUUGACAAUGAUGGUGAUGAUGUAAAUAAAAGCGUUGCUAACGGUGAUGAUGCACCAAACGAAAACGUCACAACGGGUAAAUUCAACGUCGACAAUGAAAGUACAGAGCAGUCGCGGCUUUCAAAGACCUCUGCUCCAGAGGCUGCCGGCACUACCAACCUAAUCAGACCUGAUGUUGUAAUGGGCACUGAGCGACAUGGCAUUCGUGCAGAGCAUAAAUUCGAACCAGAUGAUGUUAUAGACUUGCUUGUUGAUAACAUCACCGGUGGUGUCGAAGAUGAUUGUAUGGUUGACGAGAGAGAUACUAGCACUGUCGUGAAAACUGAGAGCAUGCAAAAUCAUGAUGCUAUUUUGAUGGACGAGUUCGCUUCGACCGUCGACCAGCUGAUUUCUGCCGCCGAAUUCGUCAGCGACCUACGUCAGAGAAUCGAUGACAAUGCUGAUCGAUUUGAGGAGUCGAAGAACGUCGAUGUUGUUGAAAAUGAUGAGUUCACAGAGAGAGAUGUCACUAAGAUUGCUGCACCUUCCACUACAACUGAUGAGGUUUACAAACUGGAGAACAAAAACUCGACAUCUCCUCUGCAAUCUAUAAUAGACGCAUUUGAGAUUGAAGAGCAAACAAUAUUCGCCGAUAUCAAUGAUAACUCAGAGGAAGCACAUGAUAAACGACUUGAGGCUGGCAACGAAACCGAACAUAACGAAGAUGAGGAGGACUUCAAUUACUGUGAAAGUAGCUCACCAUCUGGGGACCUAACAUUGCUUGAUGUAGUCACUGCUGCUCUAAUUUCGAAUAGUCAUGGUUUGGCAUCGAAUGACACAUCUAGCGGGGUUGAUAGAGAGAUAGACCUUGACGAUGAUGAGGCAGGAUCAGAAUCGCCCCCCUACACCACUGCCAUUACACCGCCUAUUCUCAAACCCAUUGAAGACAGUUCUGGCUCUGACGAAGAAUUUGUUGCUGAAGAAUCUUUCCCUCGUGCUCAACUAAUGAUUGAAAAUAUCACUGUCGAUGCCAUGGAAUUUGUCGAUGAGGACGAGGACGACGAUGACUAUGAUGAAUUUGAUGAAUUUGACGAUAUAGAUGAGGUUCACGAAAAUGACGAGUUCGAUGAAAAUGCUGACAACCGUUAUAUUGAAUUUAAAUCGCAUGAAAUUCUGGAGUCAGCUAGGGAUAUUGAUUCGGAAAAUGCCGACGUUGAAUUGGAAGAUCUUGAUAAUAACGAGAACGAUAUCGCCGUUGGUGAUAUGAAAGUUGACGAAAUGUUGACAGAAGAGCUUGAAUUGAACGAUUCUGAUGACUUGGAAGAUACGGAGGACGAGUCUGCUGAUGAGACUGUUUAUGAAAGAUAUAGAGAUCUUCAGCAGAUUCAGCGUACAUUGGAGUAUUCUCUUGCUGCUUGUGAGCGUACACUUGAUGAAAAUAUUCGACUUAAUGAGGAACUUCGAGCUGAGUAUGACGCCAAUAAAAAUGAAAAGGAGCCGAGAGCUAUUCCUCCUGUCGAAACCGAAUCUAAUGUGCUUGCAAAGCCAGGUGAAUUUAAGGCUGAUACUUCGCUGGGCGAAACUGGAUUUCAGGGAAAGCUGGCGAAAGGAGAACUCGAUGAGAGACUGGACGAAUUCAACCAUGGAGAUCCCGAAGUGGCGCCUGAACCCCCUAAAAGCCCUGGUUCAAAGAAAACAUUUCCCGGGCCUGAUCACGAGCAUGAGUUGGAUGACCCGAAUCUUGACGAUGUUCCCCCGGAAAACCUACCCCAUAUCAAAGCUCGCGUUCUUGGACUCGACAUUGAUGAACGGCUGUUAGGUGAAUUAGAGCCUCAACGUCUACUUCGCAGUGGACACCGUUUUGGUCAAGUUUAUUCCGAAGAGCCCAUUGUCGAACAACUUCGGCAUAUUGAUGGAGCAUUGAUUGAGGAGCCGCUGAACAAAGAUGAAAAGAAUCCCACAACAAGCUCCGAACCGCGUCGAUCUCAAAGAUCACAUUCCAAAAAAGAGAAGACAAAAAAGCCUCUUAGUGCUUUUGCAGCGGUUGCCAAAGCAGCAUCACAAGGUCACUCAGUGCACGAAGAUAAAAAGGAGGACCAAACGGAGUCGCUAGAGGUUCCAAAAAUUCGAGUGACCAGAAGAGGUCGGCUGUCGCGAGUUCUGUCAGCUGAACAUCAUGACCGCCAACUCAGUGAUGGGCCUUCGCUGCGUACUCGACUGAAGCUGCCUGUUAAGUUUGAGCUGGAUCCAUUAAGUCCAACUGAAGGUGCUCUUGACAAGCCACUCGAUAGUAUUGAUUUGAAACUAGAACCCGAAGCUGACAAUCUUCCGUCUACCGACAAAGCGCAACGCAACCCACGUAAGCGGGCACAUGAAUCUAUGAAGAGUGCACUGGGUAGCCGUCGUUCACGCAGAACACGCAGAAAGAGUUAA